ACUUUCUAUUCAUGCACAUGUAGAACAGCAAAAGUGCAGUGGAAGAGUCUUAUACUGAAACAUGGCGGUCAUGUUGCUGAUGGAUUUGACAUGAGCUCAUUAGCUAAAGUAUCAGACGGAUACACUCCAGGACACAUGAUCACUGCAAUAACACAAGUACUCACUGAAAGAAGAAUACAGCAACUUCGUAAGCGUCCAUUGACGACAGCAGAAUUCAUUCCUUUUCUUGCUAAAAUUGAUCCGAUUUAUAGAGAAGAAGAGGAAGCAUACAAAGCUUGGUUUAACAAGACUCCUCUUGGAAAGAAGAGAGCUAAAGCUAUCAAAGAAGCAAAGGGAGAGGAUGAUGGAGGAGGAGGGAAGAAAGGGAAGGGAAAGGGGAAAGGAAAAGGGAAAAAGAAAAAGAAAUAGACACAAAAAUACAAAAUACACUUAUUAACUGUAUUAUUGUCUUUAAUUACACAUGUACAUGUACAAUGUACAUCAUGUAUUGAUAAUGAAUUCCUGAUGUGUGGGCGGGUAUCAAUGAAUCUAA